AGUGAUCACAUUACGGAAAAAUCUCUAUAUUAAACAUAGUUUAAUGAAUUCAGUCUUCUAUCUAGUGAAAUUCAAAUGAGCUAAUAAGCAACGGAGAUGGAUCACCAAGCAGGAGAAGAAGUGCACGCCGGAAGUCACGGUUUUGCGAGGCAGCGUAAGCCGAAAACCGAUCCGCUCUGUUGCCCAAUCUGUGGGGUAACGCUUCGCUCGAACGAAAUCGAUCAACAUUUUGCCCUGGAGGUUGAACGACUGGACAAAAUUCUCAAACCGAAAAGGAAUCUCCAUAGCGUAGGCGGAUAUGGAACGGGAACAGAAAGGGCUUCACCGGCUGUACCUGGAACAAGCGCAGAUGGGAGUGGAUCAAGCAGUGCGGGAUUAGCAAAUGGACACCGAUUAAUGGAGGAUAAUAAUUCAGAUGGUGCGUUGGCUAGUAGUAAACCGGAUGAAUGCUGGGGUACUUACCAAAAGAUCAAGAAUAACAGACAAGCCAGAUUGAAGAUAAAGACACGGAAACGCAAAACAGAGGACAAUGUUUGUCCGGUAUGUAACAAAGCGGUUACGGAGGAAAUUACUGAUCAUGUUGAGGCGUGUCUUCGAAGAAGCGAAACGAAUGGUUCUGGUAGUAAUGGUCGAGCUAAUGAUUCGGACGACGAUGAUGCCAGUAUCGAUGUGGAAGGUGAAUCAUACGAGGUAUACGAGUGGGCCGGACAGACAAGGAUCCGUACCACUACCAUGGUUCAUCAGAGUGGAGCUUUUCCGAGCACAGCAGUUCGUGUAACAAAUGCUGAAGACACAGACGAUGAGUUGAAUGUAGAUGGAGAUGAAACGCAGAUAUAUGGUCCUCCGCAGUACUCGGAACGUGACGUGGUUUAUCCGGUGGCGGAACAACGCUGCAAGGACUCCUAUCUUCGAGGUUUGGUCAUGGCUAAUGAGCCAGUCACAGUAAAACGUCCAGAGGUAGACAAUCCUGGCGAAGGUCCUAGUUGGGGUACUGCAGUGAACCUGCCUCUUCACCCUGUUCCUACAAGCAGUGAGCAUCGGAAUGGUGAAAGCACUGACCAGAUUAUAGCAUCACUCAAGUCCAAAAUCCGUGAAUAUGAAGGGUACAUUAAGAACAGGCCCAAGUGUUUAAUUUGCAUGGAUGAUUUCAGGAAACCCGUGGUUUCCAUUUGCUGCUGGCACGUUUAUUGCGAAGAGUGUUGGCUACAUACGCUAGGGGCGAAAAAGCUUUGUCCUCAGUGCAGCAUGAUAACGGCACCUAUAGAUUUGAGACGAAUUUAUCUUUAACGAGGUAUCAUAAUAAUGGCUACACGAAAACUGAUGUGUCCAAGUGAUUUCAGAAUACAGGUUGAAUUUCUGAUCUUAUAGAUACCGGUAUGAAUGAAAAUGUCGUUCGAGUGUUGAGAGACGUAAUAUUGUACGGACUUAGCGCAGCUAUAAUUAAACUAAUUAAAACGAGGACAAUAAUCGAUCAAGAUGGAAUCUCUUCUGAACGAAGCAACGAUGAUAAUAUGUAUUACCUACAUAAUAGGCGUGAGCAUGAGCAGAACACGUUUCCAAAACGAUAUACCCAUCUAUCUAUACCUAAUUUUACGAUUUUGACUACCAUUCCAGGCUGUUCCACUGGUACAGCUUUCAUUACGUUUGGCAACCUAUUGUAAUAAAUGGCUAAAAGAUCCAUUUGAACAUUUUUAUACAUUUUAUUGAAUAAACAUUUAUAUGCACUAACAUACAACAACUU